AUGGAAACUCCAGCAUUUUUUUACGCCGUUUUUCUUUGGUGUUUAUUGAUUAGUGUGACAGGCUACUCAAUCUACAUUGGUUUUGGUCCACCAUCAAAAGAUCUUCGUGACCCAUUUGAGGAGCAUGAGGAUUAA